AUGGACGACUUAGUUGAACUCACCUUAUCAGAAAUCCUCAGCUAUAGUAGUUGUCUUGGCCCUUGUCUUGGUACAUUCUCAGACGUUUCGCCGGCAUCAUCAGUGCGUCUUGCCACUCUCAGUACCAAGCUACAACUCGCCAAACAGACAAGUGAAGUCAAUCCCCUGACCAACUUUCUGCCGAAAUGGCCCAACUAUCUCACUCACGCCCUAUCACAACGUCUGACUUAUUUAUAUUUAUCCUCCAAAGGUCUGCCAUUUUUGGUGAGUUCACCUUGGCGUCGGACUCGGGCCUCCAAUCCGGAUCUGCCUCAUGGGCCCGUUGAUCAGUCUCUUAUCCUUCUGGUUGACCGAUUUCACUUGGUUCCAGUCCCAGUGUACGUUUAA